AUGAAGUUUCUCGCGAACCUCCUGCUCUUCGGCACACUGGCUGCCCCCAUCAUGGCUGCUGCCGUCCCCGAGGAGGCCAAGGCCGUCGAAGGAGACGUCUCCGCCGCCGACAUGCCCGAGGAGAUACCCUUGACUAACAUCCUCCAAAGCGAUGCCGCCCAAGGGAUUGCGCGUGGAACGGACCCCGCGAGUGCAACCACCGCAGAGAUUUGGGCUGCGAGUGGCGAUGGGGCCCGGGCAGCGGCCAGUACGUUUGCCGAUGCCGCCGCCGCUAGAUUUGUCAAAAGCAAGGUACCGGCGACGGAUUCACGGGUAGACGCAACGCAUAGUCUGUCAAGGAGAGUCUGUAUCCACCAGCAACAAGAAUCUUGCCGAGUUGGUGCAUCAUCUUCCGCCUCGUGA